AUGAUCAUCGACGGCGAGAAGUGGGCUUGCGAAGCCUGCGUGCGGGGCCAUCGGGUCAGCAACUGCCAGCAUCACGAGCGCCCACUCCAGCACAUCAACAAGAAGGGCCGGCCGGUGUCGCAAUGCCAGCACUGCCGGGCCAUGCGCAAGUCCCGCUCAUCCCAUGUCAAGUGCGACUGCGGCGAGAAGACACACAAGUGUAUUCACUUGAGACCGGUGGUGGAGGGUCACAAGGAGAGCUGCUGCUGUAACCAUGGCGGCCGCUGCACCUGCUGCCACAAGAAGGAGCCUGGACUCGAGACCGUCCCCGAGUCGGAUUCGGACAGCGCUGCUGCCGCGCAGAACAAGAUCUCCAAGCUGAGCUCGCGAGUUCGUCGCCGCGCCAACACCACCAGCUCGGACGGCAUGCUUGCCUUUGAAGUCAACGGCCACCCCAAACCGACGUACAAGCACAACAAGGUCUCGCAGAAAUGCGGCCCCUACCAGCUCAGCAGGGUCAACUCGAUGCACAGCACGGGAAGCUUGGGCGACCAUUCGUUGGACGGCUUCCUUGGAGAUGUCGAAGGCUGUGGCACCGCGUCCGCGACCGGAAGCAUCAGCGGCGACAGCAUGCCGCCAUCGCAGCACAGCCGGUCGGAAGCUGCCUCCCCCCUGAUGACAGGCUCGCAGUCUUUUGCCCAGCUUCCGCCGCUUGACCUCUCGCAGAUCAGCAAGUAUCAGCCAUACGUCGCCAACCACGCCGAGUUCUUUGGCAACAUGUCGGACCACGAGCAGCCUAUUUUCAGCGCCGGCUUGAGUGCGGCCUCGGUCGACUGGAACAACUAUGAGGGCUUGGAGUUUGCCCGCGAAAACAACCACGAUUUCGCCCCCUCUAGCUACAGCCAACCACAAAGCUACGGUGGAUUUGACUUCGGUGGGUCGGAGCAGCUCACCAUGACGACGACCACGUCCAACUCGGGCGAGGUUUCCGAGGUCGAGGACUUCUUCACCAACCCGUUGGAUGACUUUGAGACUUUCCGAAGCCCUUUCCCCACGGGUGGAUUUCUCGGGCACACCCACAGCAUGAUGGGCAGUGCGGAUCUCGGCAGUGUCGAGUUUGACGAACUAGGCUUCAUGAAGAAGACUAGCGCCAAGUUUAUGAACGCCACCUCGUCCAUGGCCGGAGAUGACCCGACCCUUCUGGCCGGCGCCGCUUCGGGCUUCGGUGGCUUCGCGCUCGAGGACGACGCCUUUUGGAUGAACGACUACCACGGACUUCCCAACAUGACGGACUCCCCCACCGAGAACAACCUCGGGCCUUUCUGGGCGGAGGCCCAAUGACAAACGAGUGACGCAUACGCAUACGCACACGAAUAAGCACACGCACUCGGACUUUCAGUACACGACGACGACUUUUCGGUUAGAUGACGACGAAACGUUGCGACGGAUUUCUUGCCUUGCUCGGAUACCCCAAACGCUUAUAGAUUUGGCAGGGAGCGAUGGUUUCAACGCGGCGGCGAAUUUUGUGUUUCGAGAAUUUCCUUUUGCAUGUCGGGCUCUUUUAUAUCGGUUUUCACACAUACUCUAUACUCUCGUUGAAUGGGGGCGGCUCUGGAAGUCUUGUUCUUUCACGGCAGGCGCUGGUGGGAUUUUUUUGUUUUCUUGUUUGGGCAUGAAAGAAACACAAAAGAUGACAUGAAUGCAUUUCUCUGGCAGGAUCAUGAUCUACAAGGUGCAAAUACUUUUUUUUCUUUCUCUUCUACCCGCUCUUUGGCUUUUGGUUUUUAUUCGGGCUGUUUUUCUCCCUGGUGGUGGUUGGUGGUUUUUUGACAGCACAAGUUGCAUUUUCAAACUGGUUUUUUGGUUGGGUGUUUUUGACAUGGCAUUUAAAAGAGACGAUAAAAAAGUUCUUGGUGGCAGGCACAAUUUGCUUUUUACGUUUUACAUUGAAGACUUGGAGGGCGGUCAAUUUUGUGCUUUUUUUUUUUCAACGUUGGAAAUACCUGUCUGUGAGGACUUCAUUACGCGCAUCAUCACGUUGUUUUUACUUCACUUCUCGAGUAUAUAUUUGAAACAAGACCUUUUUGGCUAUUCGACUCUGUUCAUAUUUUGCCUUGUCUUUUCUUGUGCAUAUUAGUUUGGAUACCCAUCAA